CCAAAAAGAUCACCGGCUGGUGACAUGUUCAAAGUUUACUAAAAUGAACAUCCACGAAAAGUUUGACGCAGUAACUAUAAGUACUGCCUCAACUGCUUGGCCAGAUCGCACUCAACACAACGAUGCACAAGCGCAAAACGAAGCAACAUGUGUAACGGGGAGCACCAUUCAACCCUACAUGGACACCCCAGGUUGUUUUGCAAAGAGAAAACCAAAACAACAAAGAGCGACGAACGACUACACAAAGAUCCAGAGAUUCCAACACUACUGACCCUUAUACCCACUGCCAUGAUAAAAAUAAAACACGAUGGCAAAUGGAAUAAAGUACGUGCCAUAAUUAACCCGACCCGAAAGGUGACAAUUAUUGCCUGGGAGCUAGUUCAGAGAUUGAGGUUACCGAAAACGUACCUUGACUCUCAUCGCAUAUGUAAAAUCGUCACAGGGUCACUAACUGAUCCCGACUGGCAUGUCGAAGUUAACUGCCUUAUGACGCAGGAAUUACUGACCCGACCCUACAAUCGUGAUAUAGGUGGCGAAAUAUUUAAGAGAUUCGACCACUUAGUCCUAGCCGACCCUAUGUUCCACAAGGAUGAUAAAAUCAUGAUGGAACUGGGAGCAGACAUCUACCCAAGGAUAAUGAAACCCGGAUUAUUCAACCCAGACAACAGCACCGUGAUCGCACAAAACACUGCACUCGGUUGGACUCUAACCGGUGCUUGUGCGAUUUAAACUCUAAGUAACCACUCAACCCAUUUUAAAACAAUAUUCCUUAACCCAAAGCGAAAUAAAUCUAAUAACUUUUUUAUUCGCAGACCCUGCAAGGCGGCCGGGAUGUUCAUACCAAAUGAACACAUCCCUGCAUUGUUCUCCUAACUCGUAUAAAUACGAAUUAGAGGACAAUGCAAAAGGCUCAACAGCACCAACAUAGCUCAUAAUUCCAAUUGGAAUUAAUCAGCAGACCAAGGAGCAGAUAUCAGCGCGGACGGACAGAAAAGGCGCGAAAAUUAGAUCGCCCCAGCAAUACAAAAACAACAACAGCAGCACCACCAAAAUCUACGAGGGAUUAUUUAAGCCACAUCAAGUUGUAAUUAAAUGUAUAGUUAAUUUAUAUUAUUUAAGCCUAACCUAUAAAUAACAUAAUUUGA